AUGGCUUGGAUUGGGUCCACCUGCAUUCUCUCCUGGACCUUGUGUCUCAUUCAUAUAUCAGCUGUAUCGGUAAUAAUGAUUUUUCUCCCACUUUCCACAGUGCAUGAUACAGACUUUGGAGAGCAGAAAGAUAUUUCAGAAAUAAAUCUGGCUGCGGGCUUGGAUCUGUUUGAAGGAGACAUCCUUCUACCGAAUUCCAGAAACGGCCUGAGAGACCCAACAAGAAGAUGGAAGUUCCCCAUUCCCUACAUUCUGGCUGACAACCUGGAGCUGAACGCCAAAGCCGCCAUCCUCUAUGCCUUUGAAAUGUUCCGCCUCAAGUCCUGUGUGGAUUUCAAGCCCUACGAAGGAGAGAGCUCCUAUAUCAUAUUUCAGCAAUUUUCUGGGUGCUGGUCUUCAGUUGGUGACCAACAUGUGGGGCAGAACCUUUCCAUUGGCUUGGGGUGUGACUACAAAGCCAUUAUUGAGCAUGAAAUCCUGCAUGCUCUGGGCUUUUACCAUGAGCAGUCGAGGACUGACCGGGAUGACUAUGUGAACAUCUGGUGGGAUGAAAUUAUCCCAGGCUACGAGCACAACUUCAACACCUACGAUGACAGCUUCAUCACAGAUCUCAACACACCCUACGACUAUGAGUCCGUGAUGCAUUACGCACCGUUCUCCUUUAACAUGAACGCAAGCGUCCCUACCAUCACAGCCAGGAUCCCCGAGUUUGACAGCAUCAUCGGACAGCGCCUGGAUUUCAGCGCCAUCGACCUAGAGAGACUGAACCGAAUGUACAACUGCACCACAACUCACACCCUGUUGGAUGACUGUACUUUCGAGAAGACAAACAUCUGUGGGAUGAUCCAGGGUACCAGAGAUGAUGCCGACUGGACCCAUGAGGACAGUAGUCACCAGAUGGACCACACCUUGGUAGGACAGUGCACAGGCGCGGGCUACUUCAUGCACUUCAACACCAGUUCGGGGGCAGCAGAAGAGGCGGCCCUCCUGGAGUCCCGGGUCCUUUACCCACGGAGGAAGCAGCAGUGCCUGCAGUUCUUCUACAGGAUGACGGGAAGUCCCACCGACAGGCUGGUGGUCUGGGUCAGGCGCGAUGACGGCACGGGCAACGUGCGCAAGCUGGUCAAAGUGGAGACGUUCCGAGGAGAUUCAGACCAUAAUUGGAAAAUUGCCCAUGUGACGCUGAGAGAAGAAAAGAAAUUUCGCUAUCUUUUCCAGGGCACAAAAGGUGACCCUCGGAACUCCACUGGGGGCAUCUACCUGGAUGACAUUACUCUGACGGAGACCCCGUGCCCCACAGGGGUGUGGACAGUACGGGGCAUCUCUCAGGUCCUUCAGAACACGGUGAAAGGAGAAAAACUCCUCAGCCCUCGUUUCUACAACUCAGAGGGCUAUGGGUUUGGGGUGACCUUGUACCCCCAUGGCAGAAUAACGUCCGUGGACUCUGGCUAUAUGGGGCUUGCCUUCCACUUGUGCAGUGGGGAGAAUGAUGCCAUCCUGGAAUGGCCAGUGGAAAACAGGCAGGCGAUAAUGACAGUCCUUGACCAGGAGCCCGACGCCAGGGACAGGAUGUCGUUAACCAUGUUGUUCACCACCUCCGAGCACCACACGUCUGCAGCCAUAAACGACUCUGUCAUCUGGGACAGGCCAUCCAUGGUGGGGACCUAUGAUACAGACUGUGACUGUUUCAGAAGCAUCGACUGGGGCUGGAGCCAGGCCAUCUCCCACCACAUGCUGAGAAGGAGGAGUUACCUGAAAAAUGACGACCUCAUCAUUUUUGUGGACUUCGAAGAUAUCACCCACCUGAACAAGACUGAAGUUCCCACUCCAGCUAACAGGCUGAGCCCUCAAGGCCUCGUCCUCCACGGUCGGGAGCCGCAGGCCUCAGCAGAAGGCUCCAGUAAGGCUGUAUCAGAGGAAACCUCGGGCCAGGCGCAGCCCGGCCGUCAGAAGCGGUCAGUGGAGAACACAGGUCCAGUAGAGGACCAUAAGUGGCCACCAUACUUCAGAGACCCAUGUGACCCCAACCCUUGUCAAAACGAAGGCAUCUGUGUGAAUGUGAAGGGCAUGGCCAGCUGCAGGUGCGUCUCUGGCCGUGCCUUCUUCUACACCGGGGAGCGCUGCCAGGCCAUGCAGGUGCAUGGCACUGUGCUGGGCCUGGUGAUCGGCGGCACUGCGGGUGCCAUCUUCCUGACCUUCGCCAUCUACUCCGUGGUGUUCCAGAGGCGGGCGCAGUGA